AUGCUGCAGCUCGGCCUCUCCAAGGUGGAGAAGAAAGUACACAUGGCUGGGAUCAUUAGGCAUCACAAGCUCCUCGAAAUGGUUGCUGAGCAAGGAGUGGAAUUUCAUUCAACUGUACUCAACCUUUGUCGUGCCUAUUCUGAAUUUAGGCCAGUGCAUGGAGAUGGAGAGUGUUUCUACAGGAGCUUCAUAUUUUCCUUGUGCAGACAGGUAUUCUAUUCCAAAGGAUUGAUAAUAUUUGGUGUAAGGGAUUCUAUGCAAACAUUGACCACUCGUAUGGAUAGCUUGGUAGCCUCACAACCAUCUGCAAGCACUCAAGGGAGACUUCCAGCUCAACCUGAAGUUCACCCCAAGCCAAAUUCAAAACUCAUGCUUGGAGACCGAACCAAACCGAUGACACAGGGAGUAGUGGCGAGAGGUGGCGGUACACAACAGCCGAGAGGUCGUGGAGGUCCCAUCUCUCGCCGGGACGUGAGAUUUGGAGGCAGGAGGAGGCGCAGUGAGUCACAUUCGGGCACAUCACAACGAAUUUGGGGACCAAUCGACAGACUAGAUCAGACAGAUGACACUACCGUGGCCCAGAAGGCGAUAAGUGUAUCUUCAAUAUUUCGGGUGCUUUGCUUACGUCUUGAUUGA